GGCUCCUGAGCGGAGUGGCAGCCGGGGAGGCGGUGUGGCGAGUCCGGGCGGCCGAAGAUCGGGCGCAGAGGCCUGAGAGGCUGGCAGGAGACGGCAGUAGCGUGGGAGAGCGGCGCCACGGGCUGGGCGCUCCCGGCGUGAGGCGUGCGCUCCAUGCGUGCGGGCCGAGUGCGGCCCCUGCGAGCCUCCAACAUGAAGAAAGACGUGCGGAUCCUGCUAGUGGGAGAACCUAGAGUUGGGAAGACAUCACUGAUUAUGUCUCUGGUCAGUGAAGAAUUUCCGGAAGAGGUUCCUCCUCGGGCAGAAGAAAUCACCAUUCCAGCUGAUGUCACUCCUGAGAGAGUUCCAACACACAUUGUCGAUUAUUCAGAAGCAGAACAGAGUGAUGAACAACUUCAUCAAGAAAUAUCACAGGCUAAUGUCAUCUGCAUAGUUUAUGCUGUUAACAAUAAACAUUCUAUUGAUAAGGUAACAAGCCGAUGGAUUCCUCUCAUAAAUGAAAGAACAGACAAAGACAGCAGGUUCUCCCCGUGUAGUUGUUCAGCAAAAAACCUGAAGAAUAUAUCAGAGCUGUUUUAUUAUGCACAGAAAGCUGUUCUUCAUCCUACAGGGCCUCUUUACUGCCCAGAGGAGAAAGAGAUGAAACCAGCUUGUAUAAAAGCCCUCACUCGUAUAUUUAAAAUAUCUGAUCAAGAUAAUGAUGGCACUCUGAACGAUGCCGAACUCAACUUCUUUCAGAGAAUUUGUUUCAAUACUCCUUUAGCUCCUCAAGCUCUGGAAGAUGUCAAGAAUGUGGUCAGAAAGCACUUAAGUGACGGUGUGGCUGACAGUGGGUUGACGCUGAGAGGUUUUCUCUUUUUACAUACACUUUUUAUCCAGAGGGGGAGGCAUGAGACUACUUGGACUGUACUUCGACGAUUUGGUUAUGAUGAUGAUCUGGAUCUGACGCCUGAGUACUUAUUCCCCCUGAUCAUGCUUGUUUGGGGAUUUUUCUGUCGGGUAUCUGAAUGUCAUGUUACUUCCUUAAUGUGUCUUCAGGACAGAGACUGUGCGUUGUCACCUGAUGAACUUAAAGAUUUAUUUAAAGUUUUCCCUUACAUACCUUGGGGACCUGAUGUAAAUAACACAGUGUGCACGAAUGAAAGAGGCUGGAUAACUUACCAGGGAUUCCUUUCCCAGUGGACGCUCACAACCUACUUAGAUGUACAGCGUUGCCUGGAGUAUUUGGGCUAUCUAGGCUAUUCCAUACUAACGGAACAAGAGUCUCAAGCUUCAGCCAUUACAGUAACAAGAGAUAAAAAGAUUGACCUACAGAAAAAACAGACUCAGAGAAAUGUGUUCAGAUGUAAUGUAAUUGGAGUGAAAGGCUGUGGGAAAAGUGGAGUUCUUCAGGCUCUUCUUGGAAGAAACUUAAUGAGGCAGAAGAAAAUUCGUGAUGAUCAUAAAUCCUUUUAUGCAAUUAACACUGUCUAUGUAUAUGGACAAGAGAAAUACUUAUUGCUGCACGAUAUUUCAGAGUCGGAAUUUCUAACUGAAGAGGAGAUCAUUUGUGAUGUUGUAUGCCUAGUAUAUGAUGUCACUAAUCCCAAAUCCUUUGAAUACUGUGCCAGGAUUUUUAAGCAACAUUUUAUGGACAGCAGAAUUCCCUGCUUAAUUGUAGCUGCAAAGUCAGACCUGCAUGAAGUUAAACAAGAACAUAGUAUCUCACCUACUGAUUUCUGCAGGAAACACAAAAUGCCUCCACCUCAAGCCUUCACUUGCAACACUGCUGAUGCACCCAGUAAGGAUAUCUUUGUUAAAUUGACAACAAUGGCCAUGUAUCCAGAGGAUCAUUACAGAGGCAGCCUCUCCCGAGACAUGGGCAGCACUGAUAGAAUAGAGAAUUUGAGAAAAAUCUGGUUCUUUCUAAAAACUGCUUUCCAUGCCCGGUUACGCUGUAUGUGCACCUGCAACAGGUGUACAUUUUGCAUCUGUCAGAACUUCCUCAACUCAGACUUGCUGCAAUCUGUAAAGAACAAAAUCUUCACUGCAGUUCUUAACAGGUUAAAAGCCCGGGUAGCUGAAUGGGGUGCCAUGCUGUUAGCAGACGACGAAGGCAGUAUCACUCACCAGGUGCACGCCGUCCGCUCUGUAGAAGAUUCCAUCUUCAUGGAGUCAUCUCAUGGCGAGCUUUUUCUUGAUGACAGGCACGUGACACAAGCUGACCUCAAGAGCUCCACGUUCUGGCUUCGAGCGAGUUUUGGUGCUACCGUUUUUGCAGUUUUGGGCUUUGCUAUGUACAAAGCAUUAUUGAAACAGCGGUGAUUAAAAAGUAAUAAUAAUCGGCCUACCAAAAGCAAAUACUUUUAUGUACAUUCUGAAUGCUUUAAAUUCUGCUAGAAAUAUUGAGAUAUUUAUACAUGCAGAGUUACUUUAUUAAUAUUUGUAAUUCAUGCAUAAGAGUAUUUUACUGAUAGUUGAUGACUGCAGUAUUGGCUGGCAUGUGGAAGAAAACACCUUAGUAGCCAAAUUUAAGUAAGUGGCUGAAUUUCAGAGGCCAAAAGGGAAUAUUUUGUAAAUAAUGUAUAUAUUCAGGCAAGAUAUGGUCUCCCACACUGAGUCCUAGAAAUGGUGUUUGCAGACAUUUCUACAUUAGCGUCAUAGUGUUCACUUGGCUCACUCCACUAGGUUUCAGUCACCAGAGAUCGUGCCACUCUUGAAUCACGUAUUUAUUUCACGUUGACUCAGAAAGAUCCUUUGGCUUCUACAGCCACUUCUCCCUGUUUCUAAGAUCACACAGGAGUCAAGGUUAGCUUUCCAAAACCACUUGUUUCCGUCACUUAUGCUAGGCCAGAAUCGAAGCCAUUGUGAAAUCUAGAAAAUUGUGUAGCUGAGAGUGUGACUGAGGAGCUGAGGCAGAAGCGGCUAGCAAAGGUGUUACCUGUGUGACUACAGUGCUUGUCAGUGUGUGGGAUUUUAUAGCCCUUUCAAUCAAACGGGAAACAAUUUGUAUAUUAUCAAUGUUUUUAGUUUGAACAGGCCGCCCUGACCACUGCUGAUCUUCAUCUGAAGUGAAACUGUUCUCUAAUGGCCGUGUCUGUUGUAGUUUCUGCCGUAGCUGCAUGUGUCACAAAGUGUUCUAUAUCUGGCUGGGAUAAUCUAGAGGCAGCACUUUUUUAAUGGUAAAAUAAAUCUAAUGAAUAUAAACUCUCACAAUAAACCUAUUUUUUCCAUCAUUGACCUUUUUAGGUAUUUAAAUAAAUAAUUACUGUGUAAUGUGA